UGAUACAUUCCAUGACUCACGAGUUUCCGGAUUGUCUUUGAGUGCGGAUAGGUUUUGGCACUUACUGUCAGAAGAUGUUAUGGCUGCCAAAGAAGACGACAGCGUAGGAGAACUUAGAGAAAGCAUCGUGAAAAUAGAGCUUUCUGAAACUACUACAGAAGAGGAAAGCGAGAGACCGCUUUUGGAUAAUAUAACGCAGCUGGAAGGAUUUCGAGGAAGAUGCCAAACUGACACAGGAGUCAUUGUAAGGUUGAGGAAGAAUCCACGACUUCGGAAACCUGAAAGAUCUAAAGUUGUGACCCUGCUACUGAAUGAUGAUUUGGAUCUACAGGGAGACAUUCGGAGUAAACUCCCAAGUGUUCGGAUCAGGAGGUAUACUGCAUCCAAAUCCAUCAAGCAUAGAAGGAUAGAUUUACAUAAGAUCAGCGAGGGACGAUAUGUCAGGCCUCGACCUUUCUGGGAGAGAUACGAGGAUCUGAAAAACAGGAACAGAGUAUCCUUUAGAAAUGUGGCCAGAGCUGUCAAGGUAUCUACCUUGGAGAGAAUAGAAAUACAGGCACGGAAAUGGCACAAAUGGAAAAUGAUAUUCAAGGACAUUCGGCAAUCUCUGACAAUGUUCCAUGGAACUCUGAGGGAGAUAGAGGGUCACUAUGGAAUGGCAGUGAUGACCUACUUUCGUUUUGUGAAAUGGCUCAUGUUUCUGAAUUUUUACAUCUUGGUUAUUACUUUUGGAAUCCUAGUGAUUCCCUAUGCUGCCAUGAACUCCUCCAGCUUUGAUGAUUAUGUGAAGAACAAAUCAUCUCCAGACUUGAAUGUAACCAGCGAGGACUACAGAACGUUAAUGGCGGCAGUGAACUGUACUCAGCAGUACAUUGGACACAUGGACAAAGUUCAUGGAGCUGUCCACUCUAGUGCUACACUGUUUCUGGAUCUCAUCCAGGGAACGGGUUUUAUGGAGAGCUCACCAAUGUUUUAUGGAGCGUACAAUAACCGGACGUCCCAGAAGGAUGGUGAAGAAGUGAUAUACAAUAUUGGAGUCGCCUACCUCAUCAGUGUCAUCUGUAGCUUUCUCCUCAGCUUCAUCCUGAUCAUCAAGAAUUCUGCCAAAAAUAUGAAAGCAUCCUAUGGCGUGGAGAGGUCUGUGGCACAGUUUACGAACAAGGUUUUUGGUGGAUGGGACUACUGUAUCAAGGACCCAAAGGCAGCCAACCAUAAACGCAAAGUCAUUGGAAUUGCUUUAGCAGCUGACCUUGAGGAGCAGGACCGAGUGAAACGCCUGGGUAUGAGAACCUUGGUAGACUGGCUGGAGGUGUUGGGGAUGAGGAUUGUUAUCAACAUUCUAGUCUUUAUCUUGCUGUGUGGUUCCCUGGCUCUGAUAGGCCUCACCACCUCUGAGAUGAUAGAUAAAAGCAAUGGAAUGGCGUCUAAUGCUGCUCAGAAUCUCUUACUCCAGUUUGUCCCUCACUUAACAAUUAAUCUACUUAAUCUGGUUGUGCCACGAGUCUUUCAGAAGCUUGUGACGUUUGAAGAAUACACACAUGAAUUGCAAAUUAGAAUUACUCUUUUAAGGAGUAUACUUCUUCGAUUAGCCUCCCCAGUUGCAUUGAUGGUAAUGCUGUACAAUAAAUUACUGUUGGAGGAGGAUGAACACAAAACUUGUGGAAAUGUUCACUGGACAGAUGACAAUGAUCCAAAUUCAGUCAGGUGCUGGGAGACAUACGUUGGACAACAGAUUUACAAACUUUUACUGAUAGACAUUUGUAUUGUGAUACUGGUGGUCAUAUUUUGGCACAGUCCUAGGAGAUAUUUAAACAGAAAAUACAGAGAUCGUUCAAAGAUUGUGAAGUUUAUCGGUCCCCAAGAGUUUGAUUUGCCAAAGAGUGUUGUUGAUAUUAUAUACGCUCAAAAUCUGUGUUGGUUUGGUCUACUAUUCUGUCCAGUGAUUCCGGCCAUUACACUCCUACACAAUAUCAUUGUCUUCUUUGUGAAAAAGGUUGAUCUGUUGAAGAACUGUCGUCCAGAGUCCAGACCUUAUAAAACAUCAAAGUCAACAUCACUGUUCAUGAAAGUACUGUUGUUGUCAUAUAUGUUUGCUGUAAUUCCAGUGGGAUAUGUUAUUGGAAAAGUUCAGCCCAGCCAGAGUUGUGGCCCUUUCCGUUUGUACAGUGACAAUGUCUACAGGAUGUACCACAGUCUUGUGAACUUUGUGUAUUCUUGGGACAGAUUACCUCAGACUGUGUUCUUCUUCAUCGGCUCUGGCAUUUUUAUGGUGCCACUCUUAAUUCUGUUGAUGUUACUUAUGUACUAUUACUGGGUCAUUGGAAGUGGAUAUGCGUCCAAAAAAGAAUUUGUAUUAGAGGACUUGAAAAUGGAGAAAAUGGAUACAAAAUUUCUCUUUAAACAGAUCAACAAAGAAAAGGAGGAAUUGUUGCGGAAAGACAGUGAUUGUUGACAUUCAGUGGAGAAAUAAGUGUCUAAGCAAGUAUCUGAAGAAUACCUGUGAAUAUUUAGACACCCCAGCGAAUGCUGCCAAUGCUACUUGCAACCUGAUUUCUGUGUGGAUGAGAUGUGUGUGGAUGAUUAAUCUUUUUAGCACCUUAAAGGUGUCUUUAUUGUGUUCUUUGGUGCCAGAUUAUUACAGAGAUUUAUUUUAUAUUAGCUAAUUUUACAUGUGUAUUUUAUAUAUAUGCAGUGAUACAUUCAUUGUUAAUUACAUUAAUUAGUGGACGUUCCUUGAAGGUUUAAAAAGUAUUUUGCUAUGUGUAUUAUAUAUGGCUUGCUUUUAACGGUUUCUAAUUAGGGCAUUGAGUGGUUAACAUCCAAAUCUUUAUGUCACUUCAUCUUUUUGCUUGGGUUUAUAUUUGUUUUCAUCAUAACUGCAACAUCAUUUUAAGACGAAGCUUUUCUAAUGGGAAUUCAAAAACAGUUCGGAAUGAUAUUUGCCAUCAUUUGUGUUGUAAAUAGAUUUUCAAAGCAGGAUGUGAUUAAGGAGGUAUGCUACACCAGAGAGAUUUGAUAUGGAUGAAAAGUGGAGGAUAUGUACAAGAAUUUGAAACUGAAAACUUUCAAAUAUACUUUAUUUAGUCAAAAAAUACGGUUUUAGUUGAAAGCAAUCUGAGAAAACUUUAAAACCCCUGCUGGACUCGGAACACGCGAUGUACAGUUUAGCAGUUGACGUGCUAACCUACUGAGCUACUGGAGAAUGACAAAUAUUGCUGAUAUUUAUAUUUUCCUCCGUGUUUUAAAAGGAAGUCAGCCAUUAUGACGAUGAAGAGUACCUCCUUAAGAUAGUAGGUAUCACAGUAAUGAGGAAGAUGAAUCUCGUUUGUUGUAUUUAAAAUAUUGAAGAUAAUUACUUCAUUUCAGAAUAUGGCUUCAAGAAAUGCCUCAACAGGAUUCCCUAUUUAAGAGAAAUCUCACUGUUCGUUGAUAAAAGCUGCAUUCUUUUAAAUAUGAAUACACACUGCAAUUUACAUGCAAUUGUAUUAUUACAGUGGGAAAUUACUUCCCACAAUAAAUAGCAUAAUAAACUGUACAAUUACUUCAACUUUAGUAGAUCAUGUGAAAUAAAAUACCAAAGAUAUUGAUGUAAUGCUUUCCCAAUACAUGGACUGGGCAAUAGGGCUGUGUAUUGAAAUGUUAAUUUCUAAUGCAAUAUAUUUUUUUAUCAAUAACCAAUAUCUCUACAUAUUAUAUAUAAUAUAUAAUUUCUCAAGAACAUUUUUAUCUUGUUUAUGGGGGAAAUUGUUGAAGGACUUAAUAGAUAAAGCUGUUUCAACCAAUUAUUGAUUAAUAGUAGUAACUGCAAGUUAUAUGUUUUGUGGUAAUAAAAGAAUAUAGGUACCAAACAUGGGUAAAAACAAACCUUUCAAAGACAAAUACAGUGCAAAUCAAAACACAGCCAUAACACUGACUUUAUACCUAUGUUGCUGUAAAUACAUCUUGGUUGCUUUUGCUGAUAUGGACUUUACACCUGUGUUGCUUUAAGUAAAAGCGAGUAGGUUGUUCUGUCUUUUUGCAUAUCAAGUCUUUCAAAAAUUGUUGUCUAAAUCUCUGUUAAAACAUUUUUUACUUUGCAUCUGAUAUUCAGAUUCAGUGGACCAAAACAUGUUGUUUAUUUAUUUCAUAUUAAUGGACCACUUUAUGUUAUUGAUAAUUUUAUUGUUAAUAUAUUUUUACAUAUUUAUAAAAUACUGCAGCUUUCAAGAAUAAAAUAUUAAUGAAAUAAA